CAUACGCACCCAUGCACACGACCUCUAAUUCCCCCCUGUUGGUCAUCAACUGCAAGGGUUCUCCACGCGAGAUCGGUCUUGAGCAUGGCACCAAAGCUGCGGACAAGAUCAAGCGAGGAAUCGAGUAUUACAAGGGCGAAUUCAUGAGGACCUCCGACUUGCCAUGGGACAAAGUAUGCGAUCUCGCCAUGAAAUUCGAUCCCCAAAUGGAGGAGCGUUACCCCUGGCUGAAAGAAGAAAUGCAAGCUAUCGCGGACGGCGCCGACGUGAAGUACACUGAAGUCCUCGCCCUCAACUUCCGCCAGGAGGUCAUCUUUGGGAUGUACGCUGACGGAUGCACCUCUUUGGCCUGGAAGACCCACGAGACGAGCUUCCUUGCACAGAAUUGGGAUUGGAUGAUUGAACAAAAGGACAACGUGAUCGUGCUUAACAUUGACGCCCCCGGAAAACCCCGAAUCAGCAUGGGCACCGAGGCUGGCAUCAUUGGCAAAAUCGGUCUCAACUCCUCGGGGGUUGGCGUGUGUGCGAACGGGAUCCGCGUGAAGGGCGUGGAUUACAACGGUACUCCCGUACACAUUUGCCGCCGCCUUGUACUCGAGAGCGAGACGCGAGACGAGGCGAUCGCCAAGAUCGAGAAGUAUGGUACUGCCGCCUCCGGCCAUAUGCUGGUCGGCGACAAAAAUGGCUGCAUUGGGUUGGAAUGCACCACACGGGGGAUCAAGAAGCUCUACCCGGACGGUAAGGGCCGUAUCCUGCAUACGAACCACCUUCUCGCGGAGCACGAGGGGUCGUUCGACAACCUCUGGCUGAAGGACAGCCCCGUGCGCCUGGAGCGACUCACGGAGCUGGCAAAUCAGCUGGGCCGCAAUCCCAACGAGUCCCAAAUUGCCGAACUGUUCAAGGACGAUCCGUACAACCUCAACCAGGAAGUCGAUGAUUAUGAUUCCAAGGACGAGGUCAGCCCUCCGAAGCAGGCAGCCGUUGUCAAAGACAAAUGCCAGUAUGGGAUCAACCGCGCAGCCGGCGAAGAUGAUCGUGCGGAGACGCUUUUCAAUAUCAUCAUGGAUUUGCCAAAGGCCAGCGCGAUCUUCAAGUUCGGUCGCCCUCACCAGCCUGACGAAGUGCUUAUCCUUACCCCUUGAGGCGACUGCCUCAUACAAAUAGAGAGGAAUCGCGCGACCUGUAGGAUCAUGUUCACCCCUGCGGUACCUUAAUGCUUUGAUGAGCAUGAACGCGGUUUCAGAUUCGGAAUUUGUCGUGGAUAGAUGUACCCUGUAACCAAUAUAAUACUAAAUCAAUUUGCU